GCAACCAGUGGCUCUGCGACGGCAAGUUGCUUUCUACUUUCUUGAAUAUGGAGUUGACACAUGUCAUCUCCUUGCGUGGGCAGUUUAACUUGGACACUGCCUUUUCCUCGAAUUAUUGGCUCACCAUUUUUUGUUUUCUGCGUCUUCUCUGAUCACCAAAAGUCUAAAUGAGUAUGGACUAAAGAGGAGACCAUACCGUUCCCUAAAAACCUCUCCUUUGACAAAAGCACAUUACGGGGUUGGUGAAAUAAGUACAUCUUAAUUCUUCUCUCGAGGUGGGUUUUCUUCUAGAGCCCUGAAGUCGGUGUGGGUAACGAGUCGGUGUGGGUAACGCUUCUUUGGAUGAACUGGAACAGGUAUGUUUUGACGUGAUGAGUGUUAUUUGGAGGUUUUCAAAGAUGAAAUUCACGUGGGAAGAACUAGCUGUGUGUUGUUUUAUUUUGAUGGGUGUGUAGUGUGAAAGGUGAAAAGUGUACGGAGUAGGUAUGUUUUGAUUUGAUGGGUGUAAUUUGGUGGUUUUCAAAGAUGAAAUUCAUGGGGGAUGAAACAGCUGGUGUUGUUUUACUUUGAUGGGUGUUAUGUUAUGGAGUGUCAAAGGUGAAAAGUGUUCCCCUUUUGUGUGUCGGAAAAUUUCUUUGCAAAAUCUUCCCAGUGUGAAUAGACUCACUUUUUUCUUCCCGGGUCUUGAAUUUGGUCGGUGGCUAGGUUGUGUUAUUUUCUUGGGGUUUUAGUAGUAAUUCUGCUGAAGUUUCUUAAGAACAAUUUUCUAGCCGUGUUGCAAUGUAAGCAAUGUCGCUUUCUGUUUGGACUAUGAACGUGAGUCUUCAUGUGAUUGGUUGCUCUUGAGGUUUCAAAGAAAUCAUUGAUCUUGGAGCAAAGGAGACUUCUUGAGUUUUAGAGUCGAAGUCACAGGAGUGAUGCACGCGUUAGUCUGAGAAUUCUGAG